AUGGAUGCCAUGCUAUUCAAUAUCGCAGGCGAUGUGCCGGUGGUGACGAAGGCCUGGACAGCUGGGAUUGUUGUGAUGUCUGUGCUAACGAGCACAACUAUAGUGCAGCCAAGUAGUACACUGUAUAACUACGAUCUUGCGUUCAAAAAGGGUCAAUACCUGCGAGUAUUAUACUCGCUUUUCGAUUACGGGGAACUGGACCAUUGGUUCCUGUUUGGAGUGAUAGUUAUGCUGUCCCAGCUGGCAGAUGUCGAAAAAACGGUUCAAAAACGCAGUCAAUACUUGUGGAUGAUAUUUGUCCUGAGCGGGAUGAUUAUUGCGAUGAGUAAAUGGAUUCAGCCGUACGAAUCGCUAGCGCAUGUCAUACACAAAAAUUUGCUCUAUUACAAAAUGCGGGUAGACAUUCAAUCUAACGCGGAUGACAGAUUUCGAGGCCUGGUGUCACCGUUGAUGUUGAGACUUUUAUUGGACGUCAUGGCUUUAUCAUCCGCCAAUAGCCUUUGGAGCAUUUUGAUGACGUAUUUGCCUGCUCAACUAUAUUUCUUCCUUGAACAGAUAGUGAGUAAAGUCUACGGCGUAGACUUGUGCCAACCUCCAAACCAAUGGAUGAAACGAUUUGCGGAGCGCCCUACUGAUGCAGAAGAGAACGAGAACGAGAACGGCAACGACAUCGAGAACGAGAACGAAUACGAAAAUGAACACCUUCAGGAAUAA